GGGGGGGGCGACCUCGGAGCAGAGGGAGAACCUGGGGGUCACGACCCCCGACUAUUACUACUACCUGAACCAAUCGGGAACCUACACCGUGGAGGACAUCAAUGACAAGAAGGAGUUCACAGACACCAUGGAGGCCAUGUCAGUUGUCGGUCUGUCCUCUGAGGACCAGGACUCUGUCCUCCAGCUGGUUGCAGCUAUUCUUCAUUUGGGGAACAUCAGCUUCAGAGAAGAGAACAACUACGCAGUGGUGGAGAGCCAGGACUUUCUGGCGUUCCCGUCCUUCCUGCUGGGCGUCCCUCAGGACGGUCUCUGCAGUAAACUCACCAGCAGGAUGAUGGACAGUAAGUGGGGCGGAAAGACGGAGUCCAUCUCUGUGACGAUGAGCACGGAACAGGCCUGCUUCUCCAGAGACGCUCUGUCCAAAGCUGUGUACACACGGCUGUUCGACUACCUGGUGGACUGCAUCAAUAAAGCCAUACAGAAGGAUCAGGAGGAGUUCAACAUCGGAGUCCUCGACAUCUACGGCUUCGAGAUCUUCCAGAGAAACGGCUUCGAGCAGUUCUGCAUCAACUUUGUGAACGAGAAGCUGCAGCAGAUCUUCAUCGAGCUCACGCUGAAGGCAGAGCAGGAGGAGUACGUGCAGGAGGGGAUCCAAUGGACGCCCAUCGAGUAUUUCAACAACAAAGUGGUCUGUGACCUCAUCGAGUCCAAACUGAACCCCCCUGGGCUGAUGAGCAUCCUGGACGACGUGUGUGCGACGAUGCACGCUAAAAGUGAUGGCGCGGACCAGACACUGCUGCAGAAGCUGCAGGGUCAGAUGGGCUCGCACGAGCACUUCAGCAGCUGGAACAAGGGCUUCAUCGUGCACCACUACGCCGGGAAGGUGUCCUAUGAUGUCAGUGGUUUCUGUGAGAGGAACAGAGACGUGUUGUUUAAUGACAUCAUCGAGCUGAUGCAGAGCAGCGAGUUUCCGUUCGUCAGAGCUCUGUUUCCUGAGAACCUGGACGCAGAGAAGAGGGGGCGACCGAGCACUGCCAGCACUAAGAUCAAGCAACAAGCCAACAGUCUGGUGCAGACCCUGAUGAAAUGCACUCCCCACUACAUCCGCUGCAUCAAACCCAACGAGACGAAGCGUCCCCGGGACUGGGAGGAGAACCGGGUCCACCACCAGGUGGAGUACCUGGGCCUGCGGGAGAACAUCCGGGUCCGCCGCGCCGGCUACGCCUACAGACGCGUCUUCAACAAGUUCCUGCACAGGUACGCCAUCCUCACCAAGGAGUCGUGGCCCCGCUGGAGCGGAGACCAGCGGCAGGGGGUCCUGCACCUCCUCAGCUCCGUCCACAUGGACCAGGACCAGUUCCAGCUGGGCAAGAGCAAGGUGUUCAUCAAGGCCCCGGAGUCGCUCUUCCUGUUGGAGGAGAUGAGGGAGAGGAAGUAUAACGGUUACGCUCGGGUCAUCCAGAAGGCCUGGCGUAAACACAUCGCUGUCCGGAAGUACGUGAAGAUGAGGGAGGAAGCCUCCGACGUGCUGCUAAACAAGAAGGAGCGCCGCAGGAACAGCAUCAACAGGAACUUCGUGGGCGACUACCUCGGCACCGACAACCACCCCGAGAUCCGGCAGUUCGUCGGCCGCAGAGAGAGGAUCGACUUCGCCGACGUGGUGGUGAAGUUCGACCGCAGAUUCAGGACGGUGAAGCGGGACCUCAUCCUGACCCCUAAGUUCCUGUACCUGAUUGGUCGAGAGAAGGUGAAGCAGGGUCCGGAUAAAGGCCAGAUCCAGGAGGUUCUGAAGAGGAAGAUCGAGAUCAACAAGAUCCAGUCCGUGUCCCUGAG